CACGUCACUUCCGGGUCUUAUCUACGAAGGGAACAGUGCCGCUGAUACCGGUUUACUCUGUGCCCGGGACAAGAAGCUGCCGCUGUUAGCGCACUGAUGACGGCCCUUAGCUGCUCCUAGCGCCCGGGAGAAUGCGUCCGGCUGCGAGAUCUGCCCUCUCUCUCGUCUCCCGGUGGCCUCCGCCAACCCACUAAACUGCGAUCUAGAAUACAUCGCCGCUCCCCAGCCAGAUGUUCCCUCAGCCCCUGCAGCAGCUGCGUAAGGGCUUUCCCAUGGGUGCAGAGACCCUGAGGCGGGACCCCUCUCACCCGCUGCCCCGCCGCAGGGGCCACAGCGCCCUCCUGCCCUCCAUGCUGAUGUUUGGGGUGAUUGUGGCAUCCAGCGGGCUGCUUCUGAUGAUAGAGAGGGGUAUCCUGGCCGAGGUGAAGACCCCUCCCCCGCGGGGUGACCUGGCGUGGCGCUCGCGUGCUGCUGCAGACCUGGAGGCCGGGGAUGGUGAUCUGGAGGUGCAGGUCCUGCGGGAGGUCAGGAACAGGACCAUGAGCAGCGUGUGUGGCCAGGGGAGCAUGCCGCACAGCGUGUGGGAGCUGCCGGUGGCCCAGCGGCGAACCCUGUUCCGCCACAUCCUGGUCAGCGAAAAGUACCGCUUCCUCUACUGCUACGUCCCCAAGGUGGCUUGCUCCAACUGGAAGCGGGUGAUGAAGGUGCUGGCCGGACACCUCCAGAACGUGGACGAGCGCCUGAAGAUGGACCACAAGAGUGACCUGGUCUUCCUGGCAGACCUACCGGCGGAGCAGGCCAAGCAUCGGCUGCAGCACUACUACAAGUUCCUCUUCGUCAGGGACCCCAUGGAGCGGCUGCUCUCGGCUUACAGAAACAAGUUCGGGGAGAUCCGGGAGUACCAGCAGAAGUACGGCCUGGAGAUCGUCCGGAGGUACCGAGAGAGCCCUGGCCCGUCGAAGGGGGACGAUGUCACUUUCCCGGAGUUCCUGCGGUACCUGCUGGACGAAGAUGUGGAGCGGAUGAACGAGCACUGGAUGCCCAUCUACAACCUCUGCCAGCCCUGCGCCGUGCGCUAUGACUUCAUAGGCUCCUACGAGAGGCUGCGGCAGGAUGCGGGCCAUGUACUACGCGCCAUCUCCGCUCCCGUGCACAUCCAGUUCCCAGAGAGGCAGGCCUGGUACAAGCCCGUCACUAGGGAGACCUUGAACUACUUUUUGUGCAACACUCCCAAGGGGCUGAUCAGAGAACUCUUACCGAAGUACAUCCUGGACUUCUCCCUGUUCGCCUAUCCAUUGCCCAACAUCACCAGCGAAUACUGUAGGCAGUGAAGGGUUAAGGCAACUCAUGCAUCAAUUUACAACAGGACAUGCUGCAGAUUUUGGGAACAAUGUAUCAAACCUGGAGAAGAUGACCACAUUACCCCCAUCAGAUUCUAGUAGCACUCAUCAAUUAAUUUCUUUAAAAUGAUAGCUAGAAGCUGAUUGGGUGCUGUGGGUAAUUGCUGUAGGGCAGUACGGAUGGUGUAGUGGUUAGCAUUACUGCCUCACAGCACUGAGGUUCAUGGGUUUAAUUUCCACCAUGGCCCUGUGUGGAGUUUGUAUAUUCUCCCCGUACUUGUGUGGGUUUCCUCUGGGUACCCUGGUUUGCUCCCACAAUCCAAAAAUAUACUGGUAACUUAACUGGCUCCCUACAAAAACCCUAGUGUGUCUGUGUACGUGUUUAGGGUAGACUAGAUGAGCCAAGUGACUCUUAUCUGCUAUCACAUUCUAUUCUUGUGGAGACCAAAAACUGCCUUUGUAGCCCUAGUAAAGGGGUUGUUAUACACUUCAUAUAUGUUUAAUAGUCUGUGCAGGCAUAAAAUACUUAGAGCAAAAUGUGACUACAAUGGACUCUGCAAACUACUUGGAUGUCAACAUCUCUGUUUAAAAAUAGGGGACCCUCCUAUGUACGAACAAAACAAAAUAAGAUUGUCAUUUUAUGCUGUUGUCUUAUAUACCGUACAGCUGGGUACAGACCCUGAACUGGGGCGAUACAAUGUUACAAUACAUCGCAUCCUCUGUACACACACUCUGAUUUGCAGUGUAUCGUUACAUGUUGCAUAUAACACUGUCAGCAGUGCAACACAUCUAAUGGGACAAUUCAAUGAACAACGGCUUGGCGGUACAUGAUGUGUGUAAUAUAUGUUUUAUAGUGUGUCUACAGUAUUGAACAGUUCAUGCAAUGUUUACAUCAUUUAUCCUAUAUAUUGAUUGUGAAGAGCAACACCUCCACUUGUCCUCUUUAGAAGGUUUGAUAAAUAUUCUAAGAGCAUGUUUAUGUAGUUUGUUGUUACUGACAGUCACUUUUAUAUUCAUAUUAACUGUUUCAUUACUUUGUAUUACUAAUGCCGGUAAAAGGUAUCCUACAGUAUUACAUGCUCUAAUUUAUCGCACAGUAAAAACAGGCUUAGGACGGUAUCCAAUUAGGGGGUAAGUGUAUGAAGCAGUGAUAAGAGUGGAGAAGUGAGCCACUGGAGAAGUUGCCCAUGGCAACCGAUCAGCUGCUCUGUAUAAUUUUAUAGUAUGCAAAUUAUAAAUGUGACUUCAAUGCUGAUUGGUUACCAUGGGCAAUUUCUCCACCGGCUCACUUCUCCACUCUUAUCACUGCUUAAUACAUUUACCCCUAGAUGUGGUAAAACAUCAUGUUUUUCGCAUUUUUACCCCGAUGUUUCGCCAAUAUCUUUUUACAGGCUAUCCAGUUAGAUCGCCCGUCACGAAAAUACAGGUUCAGUGAAACCUGUAUGGUUUUUGUUGGCCACAGCCCCGUUUUCACUUGAAAACGGCGCUGCUUUCGGGGAUUUGGUUUCACCUGGCAGUUGAAACAAAAUCUAUUAGGCCCUACACACAUGCCGAUAUUCUGAAAGAUAUGAACGAUCUCGUUCAUAAAUGAACGAGAACUCGUUCAUAUCUUUCAGUGUGGAGACUCCAGCGAUGAACGAUGCGCGGCCCCGCGCUCGUUCAUCGCUGGUCUCCCGUCGGCUGUGCAUGCAGGCCAAUAUGGACGAUCUCGUCCAUAUUUGCCUGCACUUCAAUGCAGCCGCGUGACGGGGGGAGUGAAGAAACUUCACUCCCCCCCGUCACUGCCCCCCCGCCGCCGGGUCGCUCGUCGGCCGUAUCCGCCGUCGGGCAGCUCGGCGGCGGGUUGGCCAGUGAGUAGGGCCCUUAAGAUAAACAGUAUCUUGCGCUGUCUUAUCUGGGCUAACUGGAUAGCCCCCAGCGAGACAAUUACCCGAGGUCAAUGAAAGUAGGUGAUUGGAUACCACCCUUAACCUGAGAGGACUAUUGGGCUAUCCAAUUAUAGCCCAUUUAUACUGUGCGGUAAAUUACCUAUUUUCAAGCAAUAACACAUGGAAUCCCAGAUAAAUUCCCGAACCAAUGUCUUAUCGCCUAAAAUUGGGUCUCCUGGGGCUGCUUAUUGGGGAGUCUGCUUCUAAUGCUGCAUAAUCCCCGAUAAGGUAGCCCCAGAUUUUUAUUUUUUUUCCAAUUCAUGUUUUAGGAUUUUCUAGGUUUUAAACAUUUCAGUUUAGAUUUUAUACGUUGUAUGAAAGUAAAACAAAACCCAGCAUAUCAUGUGUGAAACACCGUGCCUUUUACAGGUGUGUCGUGCUACUUCCUUGAAACAUUUGCUCCCGCAAUGAGCUAUGCCGCAGGGAGGCUGCAACCCAUUCGUAGCCGCAGCUUUCCCAUAGAAGUGAAUGGAGCCGACGGUCGCGUUGUGUACAUCACGCAGAAAAGCUGUAACAGGACACAUCUGUAUUAGAGAUGAGCGGGUUCGGGAUUUACUCGGUUCUCAAAACGGUAUCUUAUUGGCUAUUUAAAAUACAAGACAUCCGUGAGCCAAUAAGAUGCCGUUUUGAGAACCGAGUAAAACCGAGCCUGCUCAUCUCUAAUCUGUAUAUAUGAAUUACGUAUGGAAACUACUCAUUCCACAUAUUUCCACAGUAAAUUUAUAUAGUAUCAACUUAACUAACAGAAUUAGGUCUUUUAGGCUGUAACAGUCAAAAUAGGUAAUUUUAUGUACUAACACCCAAAUUAGGUUAUUUUAGGUCCUGUAGAAAUUAAGAGGGGAAUUCAAUUGUUUGAAAAGUAGGUUGGGUGUCUGUUUUUUUUCCUGUCUAUAAGAUAGGAAAAAACGGACUCCCAACUGACUUUUCAAACAACUGAAUACCCCCCAAAAUGUCAGUUUCCUUUUAUGUACAAGGAAAUAACAUACUUACGGGGGUAAUUCAAUUGUUUGAAAAGUCAGUUGGGAGUCCGUUUUUUCCUAUCUUAUAGACAGGGAAAAAAACAGACACCAAACCGACUUUUCAAAAAUUGAAUUCCAUCCUUUGAGUGUAAUGGAAAAAGAUUAGAAUAGGUAAGGACCUCGGAAUCCUCGGCAUACGGGGCUAACUGGCUAGCCACCGGGGCUUUACCGCAGCUAUUAGGAUACCCCCCUAAAUCUCACCAAAGAUUUGUUCCCUGACGUGUAAAUGGACGUUUGGCAUCAUGUGACUUCUGGAGAGAUUAUGGAUACAGUUUCUACAGUAUAGGCUAUAUUUACAAUCAGGCCUCAACUAUUAUAUAACAAAAAAAAAUGAUUUAACCAGUAAAUGCCAAUUCAAACUCUGUGGAAUAGAGAUGAGAAUGUGUUACUGUAUACGUGCAUGCCUAUUAAUAAAAGGUUGUUUCAUUAACGA